AUGUUGGACGCGGGAAAACGUUUGACGCUGUCCAAGGUUGGACAGGGGAAAACGUUGGACUGGGGAAAACGGCGCACGAGGGCGCGCGCAGCAGCAGAGCGCACGAGGGCGCAGGCAGAGCAGAGCGCACAAGGGCGCGGGCAGCAGCAGGGCGCACGAGAGCACGGGCAGCAGCAGACCGCACGAGGGCGCAGGCAGAGCAGAGCGCACAAGGGCGCGGGCAGCAGCAGGGCGCACGAGGGCACGUGGCAGCAGCAGAGCGCACGAGGGCGCAGGCAGAGCAGAGCGCACAAGGGCGCGGGCCGCAGCAGGGCGCACGAGGGCGCAGGCAGCAGCAGAGCGCACGAGGGCGCAGGCAGAAGCAGGGCGGCAACAGGCAGCAAAGGCACGAGCAGCAACGGGCGGCAACAGGCAGCACAGGCACGGGCAGCAACGGGCGGCAACGGGCAGCGCAGGCACGGGCAGCAACGGGCGGCACAAGCACGGGCAGCAACGGGCGGCAACAGGCAGCACAGGCACGGGAAGCAACGGGCGGCAACAGGCAGCACAGACACUGGCAGCAACGAGCACAGGCACGGGCAGCAACGGGCGGCAACGGGCGGCAACAGGCAGCACAGGCACGGGCAGCAUCGGGCGGCAACGGGCAGCACAGGCACGGGCAGCAAUGGGCGGCAACAGGCAGCACAGGCACGGGCAGCAACAGGCAGCACAGGCACGGGCAGCAACGGGCGGCAACAGGCAGCACAGGCACGAGCAGCAACGGGCAGCAACAGGCAACACAAGCACGGGCAGCAACGGGCGGCAACGGGCAGCGCAGGCACGGGCAGCAACGGGCGGCAACGGGCGGCACAGGCACGGGCAGCAACGGGCGGCAACAGGCAGCACAGGCACAGGCAGCAACGGGCGGCAACAGGCAGCACAGGCACUGGCAGCAACGGGCAGCACAGGCACGGGCAGCAACGGGCGGCAACGGGCAGCACAGGCACGGGCAGCAACGGGCGGCAACAGGCAGCACAGGCACUGGCAGCAACGGGCGGCAACAGGCAGCACAGGCACUGGCAGCAACGGGCAGCACAGGCACGGGCAGCAACGGGCGGCAACAGGCAGCACAGGCACGGGCAGCAACAGGCAGCAACAGGCAGCACAAGCACAGGUAGCAACAGGCAGCACAGGCACGGGCAGCAACGGGCAGCAAAAGCACAGGCAGCAACAGGCAGCACAGGCACAGACAGCAACAGGCAGCACAGGCACGGGCAGCCAUACCGUGUCCAGGAGUGGCAGUGCAUACAGCUGUGGGGUCGGCGCCGUGGGCUGCUGCUGGGGCGGCUGCUCCAGGCGCUGCUGCUGCUGGGGCGGUCGCUGCAGUGGCGGCGGCUCCACGGGCUGCUGCUGCUGGGGCGGCUGCUCCAGGCGCUGCUGCUGCUGGGGCGGCUGCUCCAGACGCUGCUGCUGCUGGGGCGGCCGCUGCAGUGGCGGCAGCUCCUAGGGCUGCUGCUGUUUGGGGCGGCGGCUCCAGGGGCUGCUGCGCCUGGGGCGGCUGCUACAGUGGCGGCGGCUCCACGGGCUGCUGCUGCUGGGGCGGCUGCUCCAGGCGCUGCUGCUGCUGGGGCGGCUGCUCCAGACGCUGCUGCUGCUGGGGCGGCCGCUGCAGUGGCGGGCAGCUCCAGAGGCUGCUGCUCCGACCUCGUUGGUUUCGAGUCGGUCGGCGCUGCGUCUGCCCCGAUCCGGAGACGCCGCACCGGCAAGGGCAAGGGGGGCAAGGGUGCUGGAGGGGCUGGCGGGGGUGACGGAGGUGGCGGUGGAGGCAGAGGAGGGGGUGGGGGUGGUGGUGGGAGUGGUGGCGGGGGUGGAGGUGUCGGUGGCGGCAGUGGAUGCGGAGCCGGAGGCAGCGGUGGCGGUGGGAGCGGAGGUGGCGGAGGUGGCGGCGGAGGAGGAGGCGGCGGCGGAGGAGGCGCAGCUGGUCGGGGUGGCGCUGUGCAGAGGGUCGGCUCCGGUGGUGGUCAACGCCAGCGGGGUGGGGGUAUUGGUCCGUGCACCUACGUCCUACGCACCGGCGACCGCGCGGGUGAGCAGUGCGGGGGUGCGGACUCCACCUGCUGA